AUGACGCGAUUCAUGCUCAGCAACAACUAUUUUAGGCCAAAUCACCAGAAAGGGUUUUUACCCGGGAUUUCUGGAUGCCUAGAACACAACACCUUGCUGUCGGAGAGUUUGAAAGAUGCUAGAAAAAGCGAGCGGCAAAUUACUGUUUGUUGGAUAGACUUAGAGAACGCGUUCGGGUCGAUACAACACGAAUUGAUGCUAUUCGCACUUAGAUGGUACAACUUUCCACCCCUAGUUAGAGAUAUGAUCGCGUUGUAUUACUCAAAAUUGAGGUUUUCUAUAAUAACUAAAGAGGGCCCUUCAAAAAGUUUGAGUUAUAAUGUAGGACUGUUUCAAGGUUGUUGUCUAUCUCCAAUUGCGUUUAAUAUCGUAAUUAACAUCUUAGUAGACAAAUUAACCUGUAACGAGAAAAAAUGGGGUUAUCGGCUUAAGUUUAAUAAUAAAUACACGGAAUCCAUUUUAGCCUUCGCUGAAGAUCUCGCAAUACUGACACGUAACCCCAAACACUGUCAGGUACUAUUGGAUGAAGUGGAUAAAUUCUGUGAGUGGACGGAUGGGUUGAGGACAAAACCCAGUAAAUGUCACUGUCUGUGUCUUGGUAGACGGAAUACAAGAUACACCUCAUACGAUCCGGGACUAUCGUUAGGUGGUCAAUGCAUUUCUACGGUUACGGAAAAUGCACCAUUUAAAUUUCUCAGUCGUAAGAUAGAUAAUGUAGGCCGUACUCCAUCUUUAGAAGGAAUAGUAGAUAGCUUUUUGAACGAUCUUAACAAGUUGGAUGCAGGCGUCAUAAAGAUGUUGAAGUUGUGGCUCGGGCUCGCGCUAACGGCUGAUUCAUCGGCGUUAUUUAGGGGAAGCAAUAGUUUUGGGAUGAGUCUAAAAAGGCCAUCGGAGCUCUAUAAACACCUAAGAGUUUCCAAUAGAUAUAUCCUGGGGAAAUCCCAUGAUGACGUAGUGACAUCGCUUCCAAAAGAUGAAGAUGCCCCCGAGCUAGAGUCACGACUUCAAUUCCAUAAGCAAUUUAUGAUAGGAGCACAAAGUAACAGAGUGGGGUUAGGAUCAAAUAGGAAAGUCCAAGAUGCGGAUAUAUUGAAGUCUUUUAUUCGGCAAGACGAGAAUGAUAAAUAUAAGAUCCAUGCAAUGAAUUUAGAAAUGCAGAACGAGUGGUUAGACAUAGGAGAUUUUUGCAUCCCAUUAGCAUUAAAAUGGCGCACUUUAAUUUAUGAUUGGUCGCCAGCAUUGCUAAAAUUCUAUCUCAAUGCGUUCCAGAUGACUCUCCCAGAUCAGAGUAAUUUAGUAAGAUGGGGUAAAAGUACCGAAAAAACUUGCUAUAUCUGUAGAAAGGCAGUUGGAACUGCUAAGCAUCUGCUGGUGGGAUGUAAGGUACUCCUGGACAGCGGUCAAUACUCGCGUCGUCACGAUAGGGUUCUAGAAGUCAUACGUUUUGUGAGAGAAGGCACUAGGGCUACAAAAUCAAACGUCAAGCUUUACUCCAUCCUUAAAGCGGCGUCGGAUUGGACUAUAAUGAUGGACACGCAUGAAAAACAAUAUAAAAUCCCCGAGGAUAUUUGUGCGUCGGCCUCCAGACCGGAUAUAUUUUUGUUUUCGCGAAUUUUAAAGCGCGUAGUGAUGAUAGAGCUUACGGUCCCUUGGGAAACCAACAUCCCCAAAGGCCAUACCAUCAAGGUCAACAAAUAUUAUGAGCUCAUAAACGAACUCACUCGAAAUAGGUUCGUAGUAGAUUUGUACGCGGUGGAGGUGGGAGCGAGAGGUAUAACAGCGAAAUCUCUCUAUAAACUACUAAAGGACUUGGGCUUGUCCAGAACUCACAUUAAUGCAUUCUUGGAACGUACAUCGAAGGCAGCCCUGGUAGGUUCUUUUCAAAUUUGGUUAGGUAGGGAGAGGAGCUUGGACAGUGGAGGUGAGCGUAUAACGCGCGUUAGUUAA